CGUCAUCCAAUUUUAUGAGAAAGAAUAUAAUAUUUAAAUAACAAACGUGUGGCUUGAAUGAAUCGUAUAAGUCAAUUUUAUAUAUUAAUUUGCAGCGUUGGUUGCUGUCUUGCUUUAAAAUGUGCCAAAAAAGGAGAUAUGUUACAUGUUAAUUAUAAAGGUACUCUGGAUGAUGGUUCUGUGUUUGAUUCUAGUGAAACCAGAGGGACUCCUUUCAAAUUUCCAUUAGGUGCUGGCCGGGCUAUUAAAGGAUGGGAUAUUGAACUUGAGGGAAUGUGUGAAAAUGAUAAGAAAAUAUUUUCCUUACCUCCUGAAUUGGCUUAUGGAGAAAGAGGUUAUCCACCUGUUAUCCCCCCGAAUGCUACCCUUCAUUUUGACAUCCAACUGGUCAAGAUUGAAAGUGCCAAUAAUGAAUUGUGAUGCUCUUUUUCUACAAAAUUCUUAUAAUCAAAGAUUUUAUAUGAAAUUCUUCCAGAAAUUAUUUUUAUUAUAAGUUUAAUAUUUAAAUAAAUUAUGUAAUGCAAAAGAAUAUCAAUUAUUAUUGUGUCACCAACGGUACCACUUUUCACUUAUUACUUUAUAUUUCAUGAUUUUAAUAUGAUAAUCCACUAUUUAAAAUUCCUGAUUGUUAGGAUUAUAAUUAUGAAUUUCAUUCUUCCUUUUUUUUAUCAAGCAAAAAUUAUGCAUUUAUGAAACGGCAAUUUUUUUUUAGAAAUACGCCUUUUGACCUAAUUGUGAAACUCAAAUAUUUUUUUUAUAAAAUAUAUAUUUAUUUGAUACGUGUUUAAUUAUUUAUAAU